CCUCGUUGCCGUGGUUACGACGUCAAACUCGUGAGGCGGUAGCUAAAAGUUAGCAUGACAUAUGUGUUUCGGGGUUGUUGUUGUUUUUUUAUUCGUUUUAUAAAGUUUUUAUUUUAAGAACAUACUCAGUCACGUUCAUUGGUUCCAAGUUUUGUUUAUUCAAAUUCCAGACACAAGGAGAAAUAUGCCAAUGCAAAAAGACACUUGAACGGCCUGAACCGUGGUCUGCGUACAUUAAACAUCUCAGCAUCACUUCUACUAUGUAUUCCCUAGAGAAGAGGGAGGAGGUUCCUGACCUGCAGCUAAGCUUUGGCUUUGGGGACAGUGUUGUCAAAUCACAGACCCCCCACCUUCUGCCUGAGGGUGCUGAGGAGCUCCCUGAAAAUUACUCAGCAGAGACAUUGUGUCUGAGCAGAACUAAGCUGAAACAUGUUGCAGAAAGUAUUUUGAAAAAUAGCAUACUAAAGUAUUUAUAUCUUGAAGGCAACCAGCUACCCAGUAUCCCAGAUUCAAUAUUCCUCAGCUUGCCCAACCUGCUGUGGCUGGACCUCAGAAAUAACCAAAUUGCAUCGCUCCCUGCCGAAAUUGGCGUGCACAGAUCUCUGAAGACAUUACUUCUGGAAGGAAAUCCCAUCUCAGAACUUCCCCCAGAGUUAGGAAAUGUUAUUACUCUCAAAGGCCUGAACCUGAGGAACUGCCCCAUCACUUUCCCUCCACAAGACAUUGUGCACCAGGGGCUCCGGAGCAUCCUCCAGUACCUCAGGAGUGCUAUGGCUAAGCGGCCAGUUGGCAUGAGGAGGACCCCCCCAGAGUUGCCUGUGGUGGAGAAGCUCCAGCUGUCAGAGCUGAUGGGGUCCAGUAUGGAGGAGCAGGAUGAGUCAGUGGAUGAGGACGAGCUGCAGAGGUUCAGGGAACUCAAACACAAGAUGAUCCUGCUGGACAAAGCUGAGCUGGACUCAGUAGUGCCGGGGGAUAGAAACCAGAGGGCAUGCCUUCUUCGUAUUACCCAAAGAAAAAAGGCAACUACCAAGGCUGGUAUAACUCCUGUGCUAACCCUGUUUGACACUCAGCACUGGAAGAGGCCAGAAGAACGGAAACAGGCUGCAAUGAAAGAGCUGAAAGAAAAAAAAGCUAUUCUCGAGCAGAGAAGAAAAACCCAAGAGGCUCUUCGGAAGUGGCACACACAAGCCAAGAUCACACAGGAGAAGAAAAUGUCUGGGUACCAGCUAAAGAAGCAUGGAAGGCAAUUAAAACAAGAGGAAGCAGAAACAGAUUCUAAACCUGGUGUGGAGGACAGCAGCGAUGCAUCUCAAAGUCAGAUGUCCAGAAUGUCCAUCACAGAGUGUGUGGAGGCCAGAUCAGCCCGUGAGCUGGAGCGGCAGAUACGUGCCCGUGUUGAGAAGAUGCAGGAGAGACGCAGGAACCCCAGGGGCACGACCACCGAGCAGAUGGCAGCAGCAGAACAAGAUGUGGAAGAGAUGAGGAAAUUACAGACUCGGCUUCUAGAGAAGAAGAGAAAUCGGGGAAGAGAUCUUGAAAAUUCUUUCACUAUCUUCACUGGCGACACCUGGCAGAGAAUCCUUGACAAGUCACAGGGAUUAUAAUGAUUGUUACUCCUGUUGUUUCAGUUUUGAAUUAUUACUCAAAAUGUAUUGACUAAUCCUUUUUUGAAUGACUGUUCUAAUGCUCAGAUCUUAAAAAUAAAGCUCAAAAGGCUGUGACUGGGCAAACAAGUGUUUUG